AGACGCUCUAUCUGAGCCUCCCGCUGGCAUCUCCGCGUUUCCGGUUCGCUAUUUCCGGCUGUGGUAGGGAACGGAGGGGCUGGCCGAGCAAGAAGAGGCUUCACCGGCGACGGAAAAUGUCGUCAGAUUCCAGUAAGAAACGGAAGCCCAAGGUCAUCCGCACGGAUGGAGGCCCACAGGAAGGCAAGCGGGGCAGGCCAGAUACUGAUCAGGAUGCCAAAUACUACAGCGAAGAGGCCGAAGUGGAUCUGCGGGACCCCAACAAAGAUUAUGAACUUUACAAGCAGACCUGCCAGGAGCUCCAGAGGCUGAUGGCAGAGAUCCAAGAGCUGAAGACCAAAGGCAACAAAGACAGUACUGCUGAGAUAGAGGAGCGGCGCAUCCAGAGCUGCGUCCACUUCAUGACCCUGAAGAAGCUCAACCGUUUAGCUCAUAUUCGGUUGAAGAAGGGAAGGGAUCAAACCCACGAGGUACGGUGGUUGAGUCCGGAGCACCUGGAACGGGUUUCAGCGGCAAAGCAGAAAGUGGAUGCCUAUCACCUGCAGCUCCAGAAUCUGCUGUAUGAAGUCAUGCAUCUGCAGAAGGAGAUCACUAAAUGCCUGGAGUUUAAGUCCAAGCAUGAGGAAAUUGAGCUGGUGAGCGUGGAGGAGUUUUACGUGGACGCCCCUCCAGAAAUCAGCAAGGCAGAGAUCACGCUCACUGAUCCUCACCAGCAGACCCUCUCCCGUCUUGACUGGGAGCUGGAGCAACGCAAGCGGCUGGCAGAGAAAUAUAAAGAAAGUCUGGCUAACAAAGAGAAGAUUCUGAAAGAGAUAGAAGUGAAGAAGGAGUAUCUCAGUAACCUCCAGCCUCGCCUCAACAGCAUCAUGCAGGCGUCUCUCCCAGUCCAGGAGUACCUCUCGAUGCCUUUUGACCAGGUCCACAAGCAGUACGAGACGGCCCGGCACCUCCCUCCGCCUCUCUACGUCCUGUUUGUCCAAGCCAGCGCCUAUGGCCAGGCCUGCGAUAAGAAGCUGGCUGUGGCUAUCGAAGGCAACGUGGAGGAAGCCAAAGCUCUCUGCAAACCUCCAGAGGACUCUCAAGACGAUGAGAGCGAUUCGGACGCUGAGGAGGAACAGACCACGAAGCGCCGCCGCCCGACCUUGGGGGUGCAGCUGGACGACAAGCGUAAGGAGAUGCUCAAGAGGCACCCGCUGUCCGUCACCGUUGACCUGAAAUGCAAAGACAGCAGCAUGCUGCUCCUCACCUUCUACUAUCUGAUGAACCUCAAUGUCAUGACGGUGAAAGCCAAGGUGACUGCAGCUACGGAGAUGACCAUGCCCAUCAGUGCCGGAGACCUGCUUUCCCCCGACUCCCUCCUGAGCUGCCUGUAUCCCGGCGAUCACGGGAAGAGAACUCCAAACCCUGCCAACCAGUUCCAGUUUGAUAAAGUUGGCAUCCUGACCCUGAAUGACUAUGUCACAGAACUGGGCCAUCCUUAUGUGUGGGUGCAGAAGUUGGGGGGCCUGCAUUUCCCCAAGGAUCAGCCCCAGAAUUUUGUGGUCGCUGAUAACUCACUGAGUGCUAGCCACAUGGAGAGGACGAUGAAAUUGCUCAAGAUGAGGCUGGAGUCUCGCCUUGCUCUGCACAAGCAAUUUGCUUCCCUUGAGCAUGGCAUCCUGCCCAUCUCCAGCGAGUGCCAGCAUCUCUUUCCGGCCAAGAUCGUGUCGCGUUUGGUGAAGUGGACAGUGCUCACAUACGAGGAUUACCUGGAGCUGCCCUACACUAGAGAUGUCGUAGAUGCUGGUUUGGCGGAGGACACUCACCUGUAUUACAUGGCCCUGAUAGAAAGAGGGACAGCUAAGCUCCAGGCAGCUGUGGUGCUGAACCCAGGCUACUCCUCGAUGCCGCCCAUCUUCAGCCUGAGCCUGAACUGGAAAGGGGAGAAGACCAACAGCAAUGACGACAACAUCCGGGCCAUGGAGAGUGAGGUCAGUGUUUAUUACAAGGAGCUCUACGGGCCCAAGCCAGGCUACCAGCUCCUGACCAACCAGCUGCAGCGCUUGUGCGUCGUCCUGGACGUCUACCUAGAGACGGAGACACAUGACAACAGCGUGGAGGGGCCCAAGGAGUUUCCGCAGGAGAAGAUGUGUCUGCGCCUGGUCAGGGGGCCCAGUCGCAUGAAGCCCUUCAAGUUCAACUAUCCUCAGGGAUUCUUCAGCCAUCGCUGACAACUUCCGCAUGGGAUCCUCUCUCCAGACAGCUCUGCAUCAAGGGGAGACAGAGAGUUGUUCUCUGAAGUUCUCGGCUGGCACAUUUCCAUUUUCAUCCUGCCCACACCAUGCCAGAGAUUUCUGCCCGCCUCUGGUCCAUCCAUUCCGUUUUAUCUGUAGCAGAGGUAGUUUUGAAAUAAUAAAAGGACUGUGCUUUCCUAAACUCCA